UCGGUAAAAAUGGUACGGCUUUACUCAGACUUUAUACUAGGACGAUGAAUGUUGCUAGCGAAAUAAUUCGUUGUGCAAACUUUGCCGCAAUAAAGCAUAAAGACCAAAGACGUAAAGAUGCGGAAAAGACACCUUAUAUAAAUCACCCAAUAGGUGUGGCUAAUAUUUUAACAGAGGAGGCUGGCGUCACUGAUGUUCAUGUCAUACAAGCAGCCUUGCUACAUGACACAGUGGAAGACACAGACACAACUUUUGAGGAACUGGAGGAACAUUUUGGACUGGAAGUAACAGGUUUAGUAAGGGAGGUUACUGAUGACAAAUCUUUACCAAGUGCUGUACGGAAACAAGAGCAGAUUAAUCACGCCCCACAUGCCAGUCCGAAAGCCAAGCUCGUCAAACUUGCCGACAAACUUUACAAUCUCAGAGACCUCAAUCGACAGGCCCCACGUGGCUGGACGGACGAACGUGUACACGAGUAUUUCAUAUGGGCGUCAAAAGUGGUGGCCGGCUUAAGAGGAACUAAUGCAGUCAUGGAAAAUCAGCUUGAUAUUCUGUUUAGAGAUAGGAAUGUUACACACGGGACAGUUUAGUACAUAAUCAGAAUGUAAAGUUAGAUAUGAUCAUGGUGAUAUUUAUAUUUUAUUUUUUAACUCCAGUAUUGCAUUCCACAAAUUUUAAAACAGUAUUUUUUUUUUUGCAAAUUUGUUUUAGUUGUUUAUCUAGAAUUCAUUUGUGAUGGAAAUUUUCAAAGUUACACAUCCUGUACACAGCAAUGGUAAGGUCACAACAGCGUUUUUAUAAGAACUAAGAAAAAGUGCUACCAUAUUUGAUCUACAUGUACUAUAUUUUGCAUAAAGGCAUGUAAGAAUCAGAAUAACAUACAAUUGCUUAAGCAUAUUUUAAUUGAUUAAAGCCUUCCGAAUUAGAAAUAUGCCACACAGAAUAAUUCAUUUGUCUCAUGAAAGAGCAUUGUAUAACAUUAUUUCCCUUGUCUGAUAGACAGGUUCCAGUAGAAAUUAUGAAAGAAAUAGUAAUGCUGCAAUAAUGUUCAGUUUAAUAACAAAUGCAUGAAAUUGAGAUCAGUAUCCAAAGUUGGGGUGUUUAUUCUGGAUGGAUUCAUGUAACAGUUCUAGUUAUCAAUGCUUAAUCCUUUUAUGUACACACUUUGAUUGACCUUGGUGCCAGAAAUAAGAAAUAAUUUGUUUUAAUACUAUUUAUACACGAUGGGCUGUUAUACGUGGCCGUAACAAUUUCACAAGAGCACAGUUCUAUUGAAAUUAUUUUGAAGGACGUAUCACGGUCCGAGUGUAUAAAAAGUGAUCAAAUACAGUUUUUCUAUGAAUUAUUUGGAUUGUAAUAUGUCUUUUUUGUUAAAUUUAUAUCAGAUAUGAUAGAACUGUUUCUUAGCGCCUGAAUUGCGCCAAAUUGUAGGUCAUCACGCUUCAUUGUUUUUACGCGCCAGGACCAUAAUUGGUAAUACAUCUUGAGAUAGAGUUCAAUUUUUGCAAAAAUGAUGGCAAGUUACUCUUCAAAGGGGAUAACCAACUCAGUAUGUGUGUAAAUUAAUCAAGACAGUUGUGCAAUGUGACAUUUCGUUUUAACAAUGCUAUUAAGUAAAAAUUUGAUUAAUUCAGAAAGUGCUACAUGUAUUUCUAGAUGCAUUCAUGGCACCAUUAACAUAAUAUCGUGAUGAUUUGAGCAUUGCCAGUCAUAUUAGAAUAAGAAAUAGUGUUUUAUAUUUUUUUGACAAAAAUUUGCUUUCGGUCUAUUUUGCUGUGAUAUUUUGAAUUGGCAUUCGUACAAAUUUCAAGCAAGGUUAUCAAAACAGCAAGAAAUUCUUUCAUUUUGUAAGAAAAGUAAAAAUGUAGUAAUCAAGUUAGUUAUAGCAUUUUUGUUUUUUUUGUUAAAUGUUUUUUGUAGUCUUUGAAAUAUGUAGAAAAGCUGUCUUUAUGACUUAGUUACAUUGUAAAAUGUGAUAAACAUAAAAUAGUAGGAAAUGAUUAAGGUUCACAACUUACAGCGUCUUCAGAAUAGUCCUAAAACUUAGUUUGAAGACCAGUCUCACAUUGCAGCUUUGCCAUUGGCCAAUUACGAGAUGGAAUUCAAUAUUAACCAAUCAGAUGCUUGAGAUUUUAGACUGGUCUCCUGACUCAGUUUUAAAACUUUUGACUGUGAUUCAUGACUUUAUAGAUUUUAUAGAAAUUGUUGUUGGCAGUGUUGGGCUAUAAGACUUAUACAAAGGGAGAUGGGGCUAGUUUGGUUCCUUUUGUGCACUGAAUAUGUAUAGAAGGCUGUGAGGAAUGAAUUUAUUUAUCUCAGAAUUCAUAGGAAACGAAUAGCAAAUGUAUUUUUGCACAGCUGAUCAUAUUCUGUCGUUUAUUUCCCUUUAACUCGGAAAAAAUUAAUUGGUUUCUGUAAUUAACGUUAUAAUUUAAUUAUUUCAUUUUCAUUUGUGAACAUUUUUUUUCUUAAAUUGCACACAUUUCGUUGUAUUUGACAGUAGAAUUAGCUUCCCAGACAGAACAAGUGUGACAUCAUCUAACUACAAACAAGCAUUGUCAAUACAGCAGCAGUUUAUUACUCAAUAGUACUAUCGUAACUUCAAUAAGAUAUAUUAAUAAUUGAGCUGCGCCAUGAGAAAACCAACGUAGUGGGUGUGCGACCAGCAUGGAUCCAGACCAGCCUAUGCAUUCGCGCAGUCUGGUCAGGAUCCAUGCUGGUAGCUAACAGUUUCUCUAAUUGCAAUAGGCUUUGAAAGUGAACAGCAUGGAUCCUGACCAGACUGCGCGGAUGCACAGGCUGGUCUGGAUCCAUGCUGGUCGCAAAGCCACUAUGUUGGUUUUCUCAUGGCGUGGCUCAAUUUAUGUUUUCUUUAUUUUGAGAAUUUUUAAUUGCACAUGUUUAAAUACAGCUCAAAUUUUUUUGCUGAUUUUAUGAUAUUAUUUGGAAUUAUUUCAUUUGCGAUAUUUUUUUUUUUUUUUUUUUUUUUUUGGUAUUAUAUGGUUAAAAAAAAGCUUUUAUCAGUUUGAUUAUCACAAUGGCUGCUAUUUUUUCAAGGCAGGUUUAUAUUUCCAUGUGCUUGAACCAUGCAGGUUUUAAUGUACAUUUUUAGCAUAAAAUUAAUGUUUUUCCUGAAAGACUCCUGUAUGCCUUUCUAAACAUAGUAGAAAAAAUUGUUGAAUAUCAAAGUCUUCACCAGGAGAAACAAUCCCAUAACUCUGAUUUGAAUGUUGACAGAGUUCUGACACUUUUUAACUGAGAAUUUUUUUUUUGUUAAAGUUUUUGAUAAAGUGAAAUAUCUCUGUUACUAUUAAAGUCUACACCAGGAGAAACAAUCCCCAUGACGCUGAUUUGAAUUUUGACAGAGUCAUGCCCCUUUUUAACUUAGAAUGUUUUGGUGAAAGUUUUUGAUAAAGUCAAAUAUUUCAUUUACUGUUAAAGCUUUAAAGCUUUUGACUUGAAACUUAAAAUGAGCCGUGCCAUGGGAAAACCAACAUAGUGAGUUUGCGACAUGGAUCCAGACCAGCCUGCGCAUCCGCUAACAGUUUCUCCAAUUCCAAUACGCUUUAAAAGCGAACUGCAUGGAGCCUGACCAGACUGCGCAGAUGCAAACCCACUAUGUUGGUUUUCUCAUGGCAC